AUAAUUCAAUAUCACAUUCAUCAUUUAGGUGAAGCUUCUGAGUUCUGAAACAAUUUACAUUACAAAAGAAAAAAAAAAUGGCCUUAGCUUUGGUGGGUCAAGCACUUAUCUCUUCUUGUGUGGACAUCUUAUUAAGCAGGAUAGCUUCCAGUGAGUUUCGAGAUUUCUAUGCCAAUAGAAAGCUGAAUGAAUCUCUGUUAGAUGAGUUGAAGAUAAAGUUGCUGGCACUUAAUGCUGUGCUCAAUGAUGCAGAGGAGAAGCAGAUUACUGAUCUUGCAGUGAAAGCAUGGCUUGAUGAGUUAAAAGAUGCUGUCUUAGAUGCAGAAGAUAUACUGGAUGAAAUAAACACAGAUUCUAUAAGGCGCAAGGUCAAAGGAGAAUCUGUGAAGUGUACUGCCAAGGUGAGAUCAUUACUUUCACCUCCUUUUAACAAAUUCUAUAGGAGCAUGAAUUCCAAGCUUGAAGCGGUAUCUCAAAGGCUAGAAUAUUUUGUCCAACAGAAAGAUAUUCUUGGUUUGCAAAAUGUUACUAGGAGAGUCUCUUUCAGAACAAGUUCAGAUUCAGUGGUGGAGUCUGUUGUGGUGGCUAGGGAGGAUGACAAAAAGAAGCUAUUGAACAUGGUUUUAUCUGAUGAUGAUUCAAAGUCUAAUGAUAUAGAAGUGAUCACAAUAUUAGGCAUGGGAGGUAUGGGCAAAACAACCAUGGCCCAAGUUCUUUACAAUGAUAGUACAGUGCAAAGGCAUUUUGAUAUGAAAGCUUGGGCAUGUGUAUCAGAGGAUUAUGAUGUUUUCAGGAUAACAAAGAAUCUCGUUGAGUCUUUCACCUCAAAAAUCAACAAUAGUACAAACCUAGAUGUUCUUCGUGUUGAAUUAAAGAACAGCUUGAAAGACAAAAAGUUUUUGCUCGUGUUAGAUGACCUUUGGAAUGAGAAGUACAAUGACUGGCAUCACCUAAUCACUCCUUUAUGUAGCGGUAAAAAGGGAAGUAAGAUCAUUGUGACAACCCGACAACAAAGAGUUUCAGAGCUCACACAUACUCAUAGCUCCCCAAUUUGUGAGUUGAAACUUCUAACAGAUGAAAAUUGCUGGUGUUUACUUGCCAAGCAUGCAUUUGGAAAUGAAGAUUGUGACAGAUACCCAGUCCUUGUAGAAAUUGGGAGGAAAAUUGCCAAAAAAUGUGGUGGACUGCCAUUAGCAGCUAAAACAUUGGGAGGUCUUCUGCGAUCAAAUCUUGAUGUGAAGGAAUGGAAUAGAGUUCUGAAUAGCAACUUAUGGGCACAUGAUGUUGUUUUACCAGCUUUGCUCAUAAGUUACCUUCAUCUUCCAGCACACUUAAAAAGAUGUUUUGCGUAUUGCUCAAUUUUUCCAAAGCAACAUUUGUUGGAUAGGAGGGAAUUGAUUUUGCUAUGGAUGGCUGAAGGAUUUCUACAAGCCCAUGGAGAGAACACAAUGGAAUUAGCUGGUGAUGACUGCUUCAAUGAAUUAUUAUCUAGAUCCUUAAUUCAUAAAGAUGAAGCUGUUAAGGAAAAAUUUCGUAUGCAUGAAUUGGUAUAUGACUUAGCUAGACUUGUAUCUGGAAAAGGUUCUUGCUGCUUUGAAGGCAAUGAAAUCCAAAAAAGGGUCCGCCAUUUGUCAUAUUCAAGAGACAAGUAUGAUGUCUCUACAAAAUUUGAGAGCUUUUAUGACCUCAAAUCAUUACGCACCUUUCUACCACGAUCUCUGCAUGGAUCAGAUUGUUACAUAACCACAAGGGUGUUACCUGAUUUGUUGCCAAAACUAAGAUGCUUACGAAUGCUAUCACUGUCGAAAUACAAAAACAUCACAAAGCUGCCUGAUUCCAUUGGGAAUUUGGUGCACUUGCAAUAUCUAGACCUUUCCUAUACUUCCAUCAGAAGGUUGCCUGCAGAAACCUUUACCCUCUAUAAUUUACAGACCUUGUUGUUAUCACAUUGUAAAUUUCUUAAUCAGUUGCCAUGGCAGAUUGGAAAUCUUAUCAGUUUACGCCACCUUGAUGUUAGUGACACUAAUUUGAUGGAGAUGCCAGCACAAAUCAGCAGGCUGCAAAAUCUCUGUAGUUUGACUACUUUUGUUAUUGGUAGAGGAGAAGAUGGAUUAAGUAUUCAAGAGUUAAGAAACUUUCCUCAUUUGCAGGGCAAGCUAUGUAUUUUGAGGUUGCAAAAUGUUGUCGAUCACAUGGAUGCAUUGAAGGCCAACUUAAAGACCAAAGAGCUAAUUGAUGAGCUUAUGCUAGAAUGGGGAAAUGAUCCACAAGAACAAGAUUCACAAGUUGAAAGACAUGUACUUGACAGCCUGCAGCCAUCAACACGUUUAUUGAAACUCCACAUCAGAUAUUAUGGUGGCACCAGCUUUCCAAAUUGGAUAGGAGAUUCUUCAUUUUCAAACAUCACAGUCCUUGGUAUCAGUGAUUGCAAUUUUUGUUUCUCACUUCCACCAUUUGGACAACUACCUUCUCUCAAGGAGCUUGUAAUCAAGAGGAUGAAAAUGGUGAAGACAGUUGGGCACGAGUUCUACUGCUGCAAUGCAAGCUCCUCUUCAUUUCAACCAUUUCCAGUUUUGGAGAGUCUCGAAUUUGAAGACAUGUCAGAGUGGCAGGAGUGGCUACCAUUUCAAGAUGUAGGUAGCAACUUUCCUUUUCCUCGUCUUAAGCAUUUGUGUUUAAACAGGUGCCCUAACUUGAGAGGAAACUUGCCGAAGUAUCUACCUUCAUUGUCAGAGGUUCAUAUCUCAGAAUGUAACCAGCUAAAGGCAAUAUCAUCUGAUCUGCACUGGAAUACAUCAAUUGAAGUAAUUCAUAUUACAGAAGGAGGAGGUUUGUUGUCUUUGCUUGAAAAAAAUUCUUAUUGUAAACUAUCAAUUGAAAAGUGUGACAGCUUGCAGUCUUUGCCUAGAAUGAUACUCAGUGCCAACUGUCUUCAAGAAUUGACUCUUAAAGACUUGACUCUGAUUUCCUUCCCAAUAGAUGGUUUGCCCACUUCAUUGCAAUCACUUGAAAUUUGGAACUGCAGGAAGUUAGAAUUUCUAUCUCAUGAAAGUUGGCACAAAUACACAUCACUUGAAAAAGUGGUACUUUGGAAUAGUUGUCAUUCCCUGAAAUCUUUUCCAUUAGGUAGCUUCCCUUCCCUUCAAGAGCUUAACAUUUGUUUUUGUCCAACCUUGGAAGAAAUUGGAGGGUCCGCUCGUAAGUUGGUUGAUUUCAAUGUCACUGAUUGUGAGAAACUCAAGUCAUUUCCGGAACAAAGCGAUAUUCCUUCCCUUGAACAUUUGGGCCUUGCUAGUCUUCCAGAGCUAGCAAUAUCCCCAAGCUGUUUGCCUUCUAAUAUACGAUCACUUUCUCUUGAUCUUGGAAUUCUGUCAUCUAUGUCUAAGCAUGAAUUUGGUUCCCAAUUCCAACACCUCACUUCUUUGUCCCAUCUUUAUGUUUUUGGCUUUGGGGACCAAGAUCUUAUGAACACACUGCUCAAGGAGAGGUUGCUGCCCACUUCUCUUGUGUUUCUGGGCCUGUAUAAUUUUAGCAGUUUGAAGUUUCUGGAAGGAAAUGGGCUUCAACAUCUCAGUUCUCUCCAUCAACUCCACAUUGACAAGUGUCCGAGCCUUGUUUCCUUGCCAGAAGAUCAACUGCCACACUCUCUUGCAGUGCUAAAUUUGGAAAAGUGUCCUUUACUAGAAGCAAGGUAUCGAAUUCGAAAGGGGAAGCAUUGGUCUAAGGUUAGUCGCAUCCCGGUCAUUAAGAUAAAUGAGGAAGUUAUAAUAUGAGUUGUUAAAUUUAGAGAAAUCAUCAAAAGGCAAGGACUUCGAUUGAUUUGAGAAACUCUGAUGUUAAUGUUAUUGAUAUGAUAUUACAUUUCAACAAAGUAAUGUUGUUGUCCUUAUUCACAUGUUGUGAAAGAAAGAAUUAUGUUCUUGUUUUA